UUCGAGGGCAUCUCGAUUCUUAAUUCUAUCAGAUGAAACUUAAUGCCCUAGCGAAACCCUAUACCCUCCAUGCCAUUCUUCCCGAGCUCCGUAAUUCGCUCUGCUCUUUGCGACGUUAAAACCCUUUCGACCGGCAUCCUCCUAUCUCUUUACCUCGAGCCAACACUCCCUUAUUGUUGCGGAGGCAAGGAGGAACCAGAGAGCGGGAAUUUCCCCACACGCCGUCUUCUUCAUACCUUUUGAUCUUUAGUCAAGAAUCUCUUUUUGCUUGUUGCGGAGGAAAAGAGGUUCUGGGGAAGGGGAUUCUACAUGUAAGUUUUACAGAUUGAUGGAGUGGAGUUUGCGAUUGUGGAGAGAAAGAGUUUUGUCGGUUUUCGUCUUUGAGAAUGGGCUCGAAACUCGUGGAAAUUCAACCGAGGGGAACUCAGGUUUAUUUAGAUUUGGAUAGAGAAGGCCUUAAUGAUGGAAGAGGUCCGGUGAGACAUAGAAUGUUCUUGGAGUUUGAGAGGGUGUUGAAGGAGCUUGGUCGGAAAGUGUCAGAAGAUUCGCUAGGCUUGUUACCAAAAUUGCUAUCAUAUUUAAAACAUGAUGAUCUAUUUGUUGUUAAACAAUCAAUUACUACUGGAACAAGUUUGUUUUGUGCUGUUCUAUUUGAGAUAGCAGCUCAGCUUAAUAAAUCUGACAGGCUCGAAAGAUGGCUUGAAAAAAUGUGGACUUGGAUGCUGCAAUUCAAGGAUGCAGUUUUUGGCAUUGUUUUGGAGCCUGGAUCUGUUGGAGCUAAGGUGCUUGCUGUAAAAUUCCUUGAGGCUUGUGUUUUAACCUUGACAUCUGAUGACCAUGUUGGCGAUCCUCCUUAUGAAGAAGAAAAGGAGCGUGACUUCAAUGUCUUAUGGUUACCAAAAGAUCAUCCUGUUUUUAAUCCAGCUGCACUUGCGAUAGAAGCAAACAAUUCUCUUAAGCUCUUACUAGAUUUAUUGCGCUCAGCUGAUACUUUUCAUGGUUCCUUGACUAUCGCUGUAAUGAACAGUCUUGCGGCGAUUGCAAGGAAAAGGCCCCUUCACUAUGAUUCCAUUUUGACAGCCUUGUUUGCUUUUACUCCAAAUGAUCGUAAUUUACGGGCUUGCCACGUCGCAAGUGUUAGAUAUUCGCUGCGGACUACAUUUUUAGGAUUCCUGAAGUGUAAUCAUCCAUCAGCCAUUGAGUCCAGGGAAAAGCUUGUGAGGUGGUUACGUUCCAUGAGUCCCGGGGAAACAGUAGAGCAAGCUAUUCGUCAAGUCGAAAAAAUGUCAAGAAUGGAGCGAAUGUCCCGAGAUAUUCAAGUUAACAGGGAUGAUGAACUAUCCGGACAUAUAUCAGCAUCUAGGGAUUCAGCUAAGAUGAGGCCUGGGACAAUGUUUGAUGAUAUCACUUCUAUUUCUGAGGAGAUUCCACAAAAAAAGAUGAGAUUUAGUUCAACUUUCUUCUCCGUUCAAUCUGUUGAUAAAUCAUCUGAUGCUGUAGAUACUCUAGAUUCUUCAAACGAUUUUCCUUUGAAAGAUGAUUUAUCUCCUGUUGAAAAGAUGAUCGCCAUGAUUGGAGCUCUUUUGGCAGAAGGGGAAAGAGGUUCCGAGUCACUUGAAAUCCUCAUUUCAAAUAUUCAUGCAGAUCUCUUAGCUGAUAUAGUCCUAGAAACAAUGAAGCAUUUGCCAAAGAAUUCACUUUCCUCAUCUGGAAUCAAUGGAAACUCACAUUUGAAUGCUCAGUUGUCUCCAAGAGGUUCUUUGUCUCAUGUAGGGUCGUCCUCUGGUGCAAUACAUGGUCAAUCUCCUUCUUUUUUGUCCCAAAAUGAAUCAACUAAAUCAGUUUCUAGUGAAAUCUCUAUGCCAAUUUUGGAUGUGCCUGCCCUAUCUAACAUUCUCACGGACUUUAAGCGUGAUCCUAGAAGGGAUCCUCGUCGUCUUGAUCCACGUCUUGUUGCAGCACCAACUGUACAAUCCUUGCCAAUGAACUCAGAGAAUGAUAGUGCCUCAAAAAACGAGCUUCAUCAAUCUGUGAGUAAUUUGACUUCUUCGUUGGAAGACAGGGUUGAAUGUCCUCCAGCUUUUUUUUUAUCAAAGGGUGAGGGAGAGCUCUCGGAUAGGGCAGUUGAUUCUAGUGUAAAUCAGUUAGCUUCCAAUGAAAUUUUAGAAGUUAAGGGUGCUUUCAUGGAAAUAGAUCCAUCAACUGAGGUUCAAAUUCCUGAAAAGUCAACAAUUUCCUCUGUACAUGUUGAGCAAGAGCUGGCAGAUUCUAUGCCUUCAGAUGCUAGUGAAAGUCAAAGCGUUGAUGCUAAUCUGAUGGAAUUUGAUCAGUAUUUUUCACCUGUUGCGACAGCACUGACAGCUGAAGAUGCUUCUCAUGAUAUACUUAUGCAUCCAGUUCAUGUGGAGUUAACAAUUGAGCAGAAAAAAGAAUUAUGCAAAUUAGCAAUUGUAAGGAUUUUAAAAAAUUCUAAAAAAGUAUGCGCUGAUGCAAAUGAUCAACGAUGGUUAGUUUUAUUGGCACGUCUUGUUGCUCAGAGUGAUGCUGAUGGUGAUGUGGUUUCACUUUUGCAAAGUCAUAUUAUUUCAGAUUGGGAUCGUCAAAAGGGACAUGAACUCACAAUGCUUGUGCUAUACCACACACAUGCUAUUAUGUUAUCUGAAUCAAAUGAAAAUUCUAACUUUGCUGCCAGUAAUUAUGAGAGAUUUCUCCUUUCUAUUGUGAGUUUGGUUUAACAUAUUUUUCCUCAUUUAUUUUUCCCCUUUUCUUAGUCCUUUAGUAGACUUCUUGGAGAAGCUCCAUUUUUGCCAGACUCUGCAUUGAGAUUGUUGGAGGAUGUUUGUUACUCAAGUAUUUAUGAUCAUCUUAAGAAAGAUGUUUCUGAUGGUGAUCGAGCCACUCAGGGUCUUGGCGCAUUAUGGAGUUUAAUUUUGAGUCGCCCAUCUAAUCGUUUAGCUUGCUUGGAGAUUGCUUUGAAGUGUGCUGUUCAUGCUAAAGAAGAAGUUAGAACAAAAGCUAUUCGGCUGGUGGUAAAUAAGCUUUAUGUUCUCCAAUAUGCCUCUGAAAUUAUUGAGAGCUUUGCUAGGAAAACGCUGAUAUCUGUUGUCAAUCAUGAAGUUCUAGAGACGGAGUCCCAAUGUGCCAGUUCUAGUGGGCAGAAAACUGAAAAUUCUGAAAUCACGGCUUCUGAAAGUGAAACCAAGAGGGACGCCCCAGGUUCUUUGCAGAAUGUUGUAUCAAUGUCCUCGUCUCAAGCUCUGCAGAAAACGUCAUUGUUUUUUGCUCUCUGUUCAAAGGAACCAAGUCUCUUUAAACUUAUUUUUGAUAUUUAUGGAAGAGCUCCAAAGGCUGUCAAGCAGGCCAUUCAUCGGCAUGUUCCCAUCCUUUUGAGAAAUGUAGGAGCAUCAUCAAACGAGCUAAAGCAUAUAAUUUUCAAUCCACCUGAAGGAUGCGAAAAACUUAUUAUUCUGGUGUUGCAAGUUAUCACUGAAGAAUCAACAGCUGAUGCUGAGCUAAUUACGGCUGUUAAGCAUUUGUAUGAAACAAGAAUGAAGGAUGCAGCGAUUUUGAUCCCAAUACUUUCUUCUCUAUCGAAAGAUGAGGUUUUACCAAUAUUUCCAAGGCUUGUUGAGCUUCCAAUUGAGAAAUUCCAAGCUGCAUUAGCUUGCAUUCUUCAGGGUUCAGCACAUACAGGCCCGGCUUUAACCCCAGUUGAAGUAUUGAAUGCAAUUCAUGACAUCAAUCCUGAUAAGGAUGGAGUUGCUUUAAAGAAGAUAACGGAUGCUUGCACGGCUUGUUUUGAGCAGCGAACAGUUUUCACCCAGCAAGUUUUAGAAAAAUCCUUGAACAGUUUGGUUGAUAAAGUUCCUCUUCCUCUGCUUUUGAUGAGAACAGUUAUUCAAACAAUUGAUGCUUUCCCUGUUAUGGUUGAAUUCAUGAUGGGAAUUCUUUCUCGUCUGGUUGGUAGACAGAUUUGGAGGAUGCCAAAGUUAUGGGUUGGAUUUCUGAAAUGUGUUUCUCAGACAAUGCCACAUUCAUUUAAUGUCCUGCUUCAGCUACCUGCUCAACAACUUGAGGGCGCCUUAAAUAAAUAUCCUGAAAUGAGAACUCCCCUCACUACUUAUGCCAAUCAGCCCAACACUAGAAGCUCAUUGUCAAGUCAAACUCUUGGGAUAUUAGGCCUAAGUACUGAGCAACAAUGAGCUCCAAAGGAACAAUAUUGCAUCCAUCGGAUUCGAGCUCCACCGACUGAAGUAAUGACCUACCAUGAAGGCUAUGAUUCGAGCCAUGAAUAAUUUUAAAAUUUAUUCAAAGGUUGGUUCGACGGAGAUAUAGGCCUUCGAAGCAGACAAAUAGCUUGGUAUGUUCAUGAAGUUAGCCAAAGAACCAGCAAUCAUCAGAAUGGUUCCUUUGGGUUAUCCGAUCAGUCAGGCGCUAGUUGAUGUAUAAUGUGUCAUUGUUUAGUUUUGCAAUUAUUUGUUUUUCUUUCAGCGAGUUUUUUAUAAAUUUUUGUUUCUUAGGAAUCACAGCACAUCUUAUGCUUUUUAGCCAGUUAUAUAGCCCAUGCUUUUAGUCAGAGCAACCAAAAAAGGACGGAAUUUGACUUGGGAAAUGUUGUAAAUCCGUGUAUGCGUGAGAUAAUUACAUAAACUGUGUUCAUUAGAUGCCAAUAUAUGCCA